GUCCACAAAAACCAUUAUCAUAAUGCUCCCAUUCGCCAACUACUACAUUUCUUCACCAUCCAUGUCGGAGAACAAUACUAGCAACAACAGGAGGAGGAAGAAGAAACGUCCAAUGACGGUUUACGGCGGCGGAGGAGAUGAUAAUUUGGCCGUGGUGAAGGCGGCGGCGUGGGCUUGGUACCAAAGGAAAGAAGGCAAACCGAUCAUGAGAGAGUUUGAUCUAACAAGAGCACCAAGAACACCUCGACCUUCACGGUACAAGAUCGAAGCCACCAAGAACAUGAUUCUCUCCGAGAAUAAGGUUUUGGCUGAACAUAGGGUUUCUAAGUCUUCGCUUUGGUACGCAAAUUACCCUUUACGUGGAGAUCAAGAAACUCAAUACUCUCGUCUUCUUGACACUUACGAGAUCAAGAACAUCUCCAAGAGGCUCAAUAUUGAUGAUUCUAGUUUAUCCGUGAGUUCGAGUAGUGUUUUCCGGCUCAAGGACGAUAAUCAUCAUAAUCAUAUUCAUAAUCAUGAUUAUGAUUGUCAUGAUCAUGGUUUGUUGCAAAAGAAAAUUGGUUACGAAAAUAAUACUACUAGUACUAGUAGUAGGAACAAGAGUGAUAAUGGCUUCAAAAAAGUGAGCAAAAGAAAUUUGUGGAAGGGAAUGAUUGUGAUGGGUCCAGGGUCGAAGGUUUGUGGGAGAAGCAACGACGUGGAUUUACGGGCUUCUCAGGCCAGCCGGAGAACGGUUAAGGUUGCGGCGGCGGCUGAGGCUCUGUUCAGGUCGGCGGCAGGUGGCAAAAAAAGUGGCCGUCGCUAACUUUAGUGGUUCUUGGGUUGUUGAACUUUGAAGACUUUUUAAAGGCUGGAAAGCGAUUUUUCUUUUGAACAUUUUCUUUUUAAUUGUUAAUUUCUUAAUUUCAGUUUGUGAUAUUCACUAGCUACG